CACACAGAAUAUCGUCCGCAACACCACGCAUAAACACGCCUAAAAAUGGCUAGCGGAACCAGUGGUAGCGGCAGUGCCAAUGCUGCCAUGCCGACAGGGUGGACCGACGAUUACGAGGAAAUGGGCGGCUCCUGUGAGUGGGACGAGGACGACGGAUUGGGAACACUCGCCGCAGUGAGCCUCGGGCUCGGGAAGCCGACCCCCAAGAUGGGCAGGAAAGUCGCGUAUGGCGGCGGCCAGUCCAUCUUCACAGCCGAAAAGAACCCCGGCAAGCUGUACCUGUGGAACGCCGAGUCCAGCGACGUGCUCGCCAUCACCAGCCCUACCACACUGGACGAGAUCAAGCAGCUCAUCUCCGCCAAUAAGAUGAAGGACAUGAAGCUAGAGAAGGUCGAGAACCCGACCACCGCGCAACAGGAGGAGCAUCGGGAGAGGCAUUGGAGCGAGCGCCGGAAGGUUUGAUCCUACCACAAAUGUACUGUACAGUAUAGUACGCUGCAGAUAGUCCGAAAAAAUGCACAUCAGCCUCAGAAAAUAGAUAGAAGUAGGGAA